UAAGUCCUAACUCCUAUAAAUUCAGACCUCAGCAAAAACCUCUUCUUUGUGACUACUCUUUAACUCCUUUCUCCAAAUCACCCUUUCAACAUGUCCGGUUACCCAAAUCAGCCUCCCAGUUACGGUUACGGCGCACCACCUCCAUCUCAAUCCUACGGUGCGCCACCUCCAUCUCAAUCCCACGGCUCACAUCCACCUCCAUCUCAAUCCUACGGAGCUCCCCCUACCUCUCAGUCCUACGGAGCACCUCCUCCAUCUCAGUCCUACGGAGCACCUCCUCCAUCUCAGUCCUACGGAGCUCCUCCUCCAUCUCAGUCCUACGGAGCUCCUCCUCCAUCUCAGUCCUAUGGCGCACCUCCCUCCGGCUCCUACGGCCAACCUUCCGCUCCUUAUGCCGCUCCUUACCAGAAACCUCCAAAGGAAGACUCCCACUCUCACUCCGGCGGGGGCAGCGGUGCUGCUACCGCAUACCCACCGCCGUCCUACGCGAGUCCUUUCGCAUCACUUCUGCCGUCGACAUUCCCUCCUGGCACCGAUCCAAGCAUCGUUGCAUGCUUUCAGGUUGCUGAUCAGGACGGAAGCGGUUUGAUCGAUGAUAAGGAAUUGCAGAGGGCUUUGUCUUCUUACAAUCAGAGCUUUAGCUUGAGAACUGUUCAUCUUCUCAUGUAUCACUUCACCAACACCAAUGUCAAGAAGAUAGGACCCAAGGAAUUUACUUCUCUAUUUUACAGUCUUCAGAGCUGGAGGGGAAUAUUUGAGAGAUUUGAUAAGGACAGGAGUGGAAAAAUCGAUUCAAAUGAGUUGCGAGAUGCGCUGCUAAGUUUGGGUUAUGCUGUUUCUCCUGUGGUAUUGGAUUUGCUAGUCUCCAAGUUUGACAAAACUGGUGGCAAAAACAAGGCUAUCGAAUAUGACAAUUUCAUUGAGUGCUGUCUUACUGUGAAGGGGCUAACUGACAAAUUCAAGGAGAAGGAUACUGGGUAUACUGGCUCUGCAACAUUUUCCUAUGAGGCGUUUAUGCUGACUGUCCUGCCAUUCCUAAUAGCUUAGGAGUUAGUAUAGUAAUGGUGCAUGUCAAAUGACUAUGUAAAUUUCCUGGCGCAGUACUUUGGUUUGGAGGUAGAUGUGUGCGCGCUGUCGAAUGAAUUACUUUGAAUAUGCUCUUGUUAGCUCGUCUCCUGUUUCGCUUUUAAUAUGCUUUUCAUUAGCAUUUUGCUACUAGUAAAAACAAAUCCUAAAAUACUAUGUUUUCAGCUAUGGUGAUAAAUCUCUUUUGGUACCUUAUGAAGUGGAGUCAUGAAAUUGAGUUUCCUUGGUAA